AUGUUCAAUACUUCAGGAAUUGAGCUCACUUUUAACAAGAAAGAGGAUAUUUCUGAAGUUAGCAAUGGCUCUCUGCUGCUUCUCUACAACGUCCUCGUCACCAGCAGCCCCACAGCUAUGUGGAACGAGUCGUGCGGGGAGCAGCUGCUGGACUUCGGGCGUCCGGAGAAGAUCAUCAUCGGGAUGAUGUUGGCGAUUAUCACGGCGGUCACCGUGAUGGGGAAUACGCUGGUGGUGAUCGCGGUGUGUGUGGUGAAGAAACUAAGACAACCUUCCAACUACCUUCUGGUGUCCUUGGCGGUGGCCGAUCUGUCAGUGGCCAUAGUUGUCAUGCCGUUUGUCAUUGUGACAGACCUCACCGGGGGAAAGUGGCUUUUUGGGGAGGUGUUUUGCAACAUCUUCAUCGGCAUGGAUGUAAUGUGCUGCACUGCCUCUAUCAUGACUCUGUGCGUGAUCAGCGUGGAUAGGUAUUUGGGAAUCACUCGUCCUCUGACCUACCCCGCGAGGCAGAACGGUCAGCUGAUGGCCAAGAUGAUCAUGGGGGUGUGGCUGGUGUCCGCGUCCAUCACCCUGCCGCCUUUCUGUGGCUGGGCCAAAAACGUCAACACGGCCGGCGUGUGCCUCAUCAGCCAGGACUUCGGCUACACCAUCUACUCCACGGCCGUGGCCUUUUACAUCCCCAUGCUGGUGAUGCUGGUCAUGUACUACAAGAUCUUCAGGGCCGCUCGCAAGAGCGGCGCCAAGCACCGCUUCACCGACCACUCCCGCCGCGAGCGGCUGGAAACGGUGGCGGACGAGGCCAUGCGCAUGCAGGGCCUGAAGCCCCCGGGUGUGGUGGAGGAGUGCGCCGCCCUGUCCCGCCUGCUGAACCGGGAGCGUAAAAACAUCUCCAUCUUCAAGCGGGAGCAGAAAGCGGCCACCACGCUGGGGGUGAUCGUGGGGGUGUUCGCCGUGUGCUGGCUGCCGUUCUUCAUCCUGUCCACCGCCCGGCCCUUCGUCUGCGGGGUGGAGUGCAGCUGCGUGCCCAUCUGGCUGGAGCGCACGCUGCUCUGGCUGGGCUACGCCAACUCCCUGAUGAACCCGUUCAUCUACGCCUUCUUCAACCGAGACCUGCGCUCCACCUACCGGGACCUCCUGCGCUGCCGCUACCGCAACAUCAACCGCCGGCUGUCCGCCGUGGGGGUCCACGAGGCCCUGAAGGUGUGA